UGCAGAUGGAUCUCCAGUUAUUCCUUCAAUCUGUGAGGGCAAGCCAACAACAGCUUGAUUUUUAUGAGACGGAAUCUCAGCCAAACUGGUUGAAAAUGCUGGGGAAAGGAGGUGGGGUUCAAUCCACCCCCUUAGUCAUUCUGAACCAUGAUGGCUGAUGAGCUGGAGGAGAGAGAUUUGCAGAAAUUCCUGAGGGAUGUGGAUGAAAUUGCCAAUUUGGUUCAAGGCUUGAACUCCACAGACCCAGCUGUCCAGGAAAAAGCCAUCUCUGAUACAGAGAAAAGACUUCAUAUCCAGGAGGUGAGAGAUGAUGGAGAAUGCAAGACCAAGUUGAACAGAACAGUUGUUAACUCACAAGAUGCGGCCACACGGAAUAUGGAGACAGUGAGACGAGACAGCUUCAUGUCCGCAUUAGAGAGAGAUGCAAAAGAACGAGCCAAAAGAAGGAAGAAAAAUGAACGUUUGGCGAAUGCCCUUAAAGAGAAGGGAAAUGAUGCAUUCAGUAAAGGAGACUAUGCCACAGCUAUCCAGCGAUACACUGAGGGGCUGGAGAAACAGAAGGAUAUGCAGGUGCUGUACACGAACAGAGCACAGGCUCACAUGAAGUUGCAGGAGUACAAGAAAGUAAUCAAUGAUUGUGAAUGGGCUUUAAAGUGCAACGAAAAAUGUAUUAAAGCCUAUUUCCACAUGGGAAAAGCUCAUCUGGCCCUGAAGGACUACAAUGAGUCCAGGAAGUCCUAUCAGAAGAUCUUAGAAAUUGAUCCCCAAAAGGAAAGUCUAUUUAAAGACUGCAUGAAUGAAGUAGACUUACAGGAAAGAAAAGCAAAAGAGGAAGAGAAAGCUCUGGAGGAAUUUCAGUCUGGAAAGUAUACUGCUGUGUCUGUGAAAGAGCUGCUCCAGAAACUCAAUCAACCUGACCAGAAUAUCCUUUAUUAUGCCGGCGGGAUUAGAGUUUUGACUGAAUCAAUAAAAGAUUGCACUGAACAAACUUUAUUUAGAACAAACAAUGGAUUCAGUAUCAUCAGCGACAAUAAGGUCAUAAGACGGGGCCUCGCUGUAGCAAAGGAAAACACUGCCGAAGCGGAAUUGUCAAUUUCUCUUCUCAUCCUCUGGCAAGCAGUCUGUGCUGGGAACGAGGAGAAUCAGCGAUUGCUGUUAACUCACCCUGAUGUGAAUGUGCAGCUUCCCGUGCUGCUAUCCUCUGCCGUGCCUGAGAUCCAGAAGCAGAGCUUGGCAUUGCUGUCUCUGUACUCUCAGACCGAGAAUGGAAGAGGUCUGCUGAUCAGGCACCAGAACCUAACCAAGUGGCUGCAGAUACUGAUUGCAUUCGUCAAUGUUAUGGAUGACAGGGCUAGCUGUGCCAUGAACCUGCUAUCUAACCUAAUCAAGGAGGAAAAGUUCAAAAUCCAGUGUCGUAUCAAACUUUCUACAAGUGUUUUGCCUCUGUUCGCACAGUUGUUGAAAACCGUCAAACAGGUGAACCAGCCAGCCCUCACCCAGUGCAUUGGCAUCAUGGGGGACCUGUGUGCUGAUGUAGUCAUCCGACUGCAGAUGGCUGAAAACCAGGAAUGCUGGCAGGCCUGUUUAAAGCUUGUGGAUGAGUGUUGCUCCACUGGCAACUCUGCAGGAUACCAAGAAUGUUUGUUCACAGUGCUGGGCCUGAUGAUGAACUUAUCCCUGGAAUCAAAUUUGGUCAUUCAGGAGCAUGCUGUGGAUGUUAGCAGGAGAUGUUUAUCUCUGCUUGGCAGUAAAGAUGGAAGGAUUGUGACGAGAGCCAUCGGGGUUCUAAGUCACAUCUUGCCAGCGAGCUCGAUGGCAGUAGACGAGGCAGUGACAGGAGGUGUGGUGAAGAAAAUGCUUAGAUUCUUGAAGGCUGGUGGACAGAUCACAUCCUGUUAUGCUAUAAAGACCCUUGCUGUCUGUACUCAAAGCAACAACCAGGCUCGAGAGGAGGUGGUGAAGUCAGAUAAAAAGUUUGAUGUGCUGCUGAAGCUCUUGGCCUCAGAGAACGAGAUGGUGGUGGGGAAUGCUGCUUUUUGCCUCAGCAAAUGCUUCGAAGUACCUGGAGCUGCUUCGUCCCUGCUGAAUUCCAACAUUGUGAUGAUCUUAUUGAAACAUGCAGGUGGUGAAGCCAAGAAAACCUCAGUGCAAGAGAACGCGGCAGUUGCUUUAGGAAAGCUCUGCGCUGCCGAGCCAAGGCAUAUUCUUCAACUGCGGGAGCUCAAUGGAAUGGCAAUCCUUAACUCAUCUAUGAAAUACGUGCAAGGUCUUUGAAUUCCCCAAAUGUUUUUGGAUAUAGGUUGUUAAUACUGUAGUAUUCCAUUUGCUGUUGCUUGUUCCUUCUCUAAUAAAAUUUGUUCAAAGAGACUA